UCGUUUAUUGUUGUUGACUUUCUCGUUUUCGAUUCCACUUUCAUGUUUACGGGCAACCCGUCUGCCACCCGAGAGAUAAGACAGCACUUUGCCUUUGGCAGAUGAAUCCUGGUUCCAGUCUUGAGAUCGAUACUCAUGAGUGAGAUGAGUCACCAUGAAUGGUAUUGGUCACAACGUGUGAUUCACAUUGUUUCAUGUUUAUAAGAACUAGGCUAGAUCUAGAUCUAUCUCUUUGUUGCUCUGUGCUGUGUUGGACCAGAGAGCUGAGGGAGUUGCUGUGAGCUGGUCCCCUGUGUCAAGUGUAGACGGGUCCAGUCAUGUCGGAAAAUGGCGAGAAGCCGCCCGCCCCUCCUGUCAGGUUGGAGAGCACCAGGAAUGUGGCGACACUGCCCAAGGCCGGCGCGAGCAAAAGAAUUGUGGGCAAUAGCCCCGCUGAAAGCAUGCAGUCGUUGGUUCCCAACAGGGAGACCUCACUGUCACAGGAGUACAAACCCCUGCCCAAAGAGCCGGACAGCAAAGAGGAAAAGAAAAAGCUGAAAACGGCCAAAGGUGGCAGGAUGGUGCGGCUCACCAAUGACAAACCUGUCAUCUCCCACCCGUCCAACUUUGAGCACACUGUGCACGUCGGAUUUGACCCUCACACCGGGGAGUUCACGGUGCCUCGUCUUCCAAGUCCAACCUGUCAGACAAGUUGUCCGCCAUGGUCAUCCUCUCACAGCCCAAGCAGGACUCGAGUCCAACUGUAUCUGCCGACGGCGAGGAGGAGGAUGAGGACAUACCACCGCCACCCAUCGCUGCCCGACCCGACAAGACCAAAUCUAUAUACACGAAGCCCGUGGACCAAGAGGAGAAGUCGGAGACGGGCACGGACAACAAGACGGAGAAACCAAAGAAAGCCAAGAUGACCAGCGAGGAGAUCAUGGAGAAGCUGAGGACCAUCGUCUCCAUUGGGGACCCCAACCGCAAGUACACCAAGAUGGAGAAGAUAGGACAGGGGGCGUCUGGCACUGUGUUCAUCGCUGUGGAGGUGGCCACGGGCCGCGAGGUGGCCAUCAAGACCAUGAACCUGUCGCAGCAGCCCAAGAAAGAGCUCAUCAUCAACGAGAUCCUGGUCAUGCGGGAAAACCAGAACCCCAACAUCGUCAACUACCUCGACAGCUACCUGGUCGGGGAGGAACUCUGGGUUGUGAUGGAGUUUUUGGCUGGUGGGUCUCUCACGGACGUUGUCACGGAAACCUGUAUGGACGAGGGUCAGAUAGCUGCCGUGUGUAGAGAGUGUCUGCAAGCUCUUGAGUUCCUGCACGACAACCAGGUGAUCCACAGAGACAUCAAGAGUGACAACAUCCUGCUGGGCAUGGACGGCAGCGUCAAGCUAACUGACUUUGGGUUCUGCGCGCAGCUGUCCCCUGAGCAGAGCAAACGUUCCACCAUGGUGGGCACGCCCUACUGGAUGGCCCCUGAGGUGGUCACCAGGAAGCAAUAUGGACCAAAAGUUGACAUCUGGAGUUUGGGCAUCAUGGCCAUUGAGAUGAUCGAGGGAGAACCUCCGUACCUGAAUGAAAACCCACUCCGGCACCCGUUUCUGCGUCUGGCCAAACCACUGGCGAGUCUAGUUCCCCUGAUCAUGGCGGCCAAGGAGGCGCAGAAAAGUGGACAUUGAGUCCGGACCAUGGCGUAG